CUUUAUCUCUCUCUCACUAUUGAUCCCUUCAAUCCAUUUCUCUUUCUCUCUCUCUCUUUGAAUUUUCCCGAGAAAAUCUCGCAUUUUCUCACCGGAGAGAAAGAGCCGGAAAAUCGUAUAAUGAGGGUGUUUUUUUAAGUUUUCCGGAGUGAAAAGCAACUGGAAAGUAAGGUUAUCCUCCGUAGAUUACUCGUUGAUCGGCUUAGACAAAGUUUAAAACAGUGUCUUUCUUGAAUGCUACAAUACUGAAAUUCGCUAUUAGUUUGUGGAAAUUUUGAGAUCAGCUAGAUUAGUUGGGUUUUGAAAAAUGAGUUGGAAUCCGAACAUGGAAGUUCAGUACAUCAACAGUAGCUACCCUUAUAACAGUGCUGGCAGCUUUAUGGAAUAUUUUGAAGGUCUUACAUAUCAACAUGUCAAUUUCAUUUUUGACGGUGCUUCUCAUCUUCAGGAGAGUGCGUACCCAUCGAUGACUACAAGCUUCUACAAGUUUGGAUUAUCUGAUUUUGGCAAUAAUAUUUCAUAUUAUGAUCAUAGUCCUAGUUAUGAUGGGAGUAACCAUGAACCAUGCCCUGAAGAAUAUAGAAGGGCAUCAGUGAAUUCCCCAUCAAUGAGCAAUGAAGAGACUGUAGCAAUGAAUGUGGAAUGGGAAGGAAAUGCAAAUUCAACCUCUCGUGAAAACCCAGUAGAUUGUCCACGGAGGCUGCAGAAUGCUCAAGAUUAUCAGGUCAUUUGGCAAGAUGGUGUGGAUCCUGACAACAUGACUUAUGAGGAAUUACUUGAAUUAGGGGAGACUGUUGGAACUCAAAGUCGAGGCCUCUCCCAAGAACUUAUUUCUUUGCUUCCGGUUUCAAAAUACAAGUGCAGCUUAUUCUCAAGGAAGAAAUCAAGGAAUGAGAGAUGCGUGAUUUGCCAAAUGGAAUAUAAACGAGGUGAGAGACAGAUUACCCUGCCUUGCAAACACGUCUACCAUGCCGGAUGUGGCAACCGAUGGCUUAGUAUCAACAAGGCUUGCCCCAUAUGUUACACCGAGGUGUUCGGCGAUGCUUCAAAACAUUGAUGACGAACUAAUCAUGGUUUCUUCAUUAAAUUUUCGCUUGGGUUUGGGUAUUUUUCCUCUAAUAUGAAUAUGCUUUAUUUCGUUUUUUUUUUUUUUACUUUCUUGGAACAGAAGUAAGAGUUGAAUUAGGUUUUGCAAUAAAUGAAAGGAAUGAACACUGUAGAAAAAAAUAUGGGAUGUUUUAACUAGAAUAUGUGGAGAUUGUAUAGAGAAUUAGAGUUUUUCUUUUGA